UGGCUGACCUGCCAUGCUGACAUCACUCUGUCUCCUCUCCUGCACCCUGCUCCUCCUCUGCCUCUGCAGCCCAGGAGCCGGACAGUCUGACAGGGACACGGACCUCAGCCUGUACGUGGAGGCACUGAAGAUGGGCAUCCUGGACUCACUGGGCAUGGACGCUGAACCUGAGCCAACCGAAAAGGUCUCCAGUCGAGAGCUGAGGAAGAUGUAUCACCUGUACUGGGCAAAACUAAGAGAGCUGGGAGGAAACCACAGCUGGCCCAGGACAGAACCCUGGAGCCCCACAAAGUCUACUGUACUCUUUCCAGCAUCAGUGCGUUGGAGGGGGGAACGCCUGCAGUCAGGCGAGCAUGUGCUACGCUACAGAGCUGUUUUCCACAACAACCCUCACAUUCGGGCUGAGCUGACACUUGCACGGGCUGAGCUGAAGAUUUCCACGCAGAUCUUAAAUAAAGCCACAUCAUUCGUGCAUGAGACCAAACAAGAGGUCCGAGUUAAAAUCAACGGCGUGAAGCCAGUGAACUCUGCUGCAUGGACACACUCUGAUGCUGUGGCCCGUGGAAAUGCGACAAACGCUGAGGAACUGAGGCUGGACAUCCAUCCUGAAGUGGAGAAGUGGAGGGGGAGGAACAGUGGUGGCUCACUGGUUGUGGAUGUGGGGUUCAUUAUGGGGGAAGGAGAUGCUAUCAAAUCAAAUCCAAGCAUUUUUGUGGAAUUAGGCCUUGCUGAGCCCAAAGCAGCAGACAGGAUGAGGCUGCCUCGCUCCAACAAGGAAGAAAGCUGCGACGAACAAGGACACUGCUGCCGCAAGUCCAUCUCUGUGUCAUUCAAAGACAUCGGUUGGUCUGACUGGGUGCUGGCUCCAGCCGAAUACACAAUGCAUUACUGCGACGGCACCUGCCCUCACAGCUAUAAACCUGCCAGCAUGCAUGCACAGGUGAAAGCUCGGCUGCACCAGCUCACGAAAGGAGGGACGCCUCAGCCGUGCUGCGUGCCGGCGUCCUACGAGCCCAUGGUCCUCAUGCAUUAUGACAGUAAGGGACAGCUGAAGCUGACGCCCUUUAAUGACUUGAUUGUUACUAAAUGUCACUGCGCGUGAGGUGCUCUGAGGAAAGUGCAGUCAAGGCUGCAGAAAUGCAUUUAAAAAAAAGCUCUGGGAAAGCACAACUUGUUUUUAUUUAUUAUUAUUUAUUAUAUAAUGCCUGAAUAGAUCCUUGUCAUCUGACUAGUGCUUUGUAUGUCACGUGACAUGGAUUAUUCAUACCAUUUUCCAUUGUGUUCCACUUACCGUACAAUAGUGCUAUUUAGCGUGGAAUUUUGGUACUAUACGAUUCGUGCUUUUGCACGCUGUGACCACCGCGCGUGCUCACACUAGCAGCGACGGUGCAUAGCUUAAAAACAAACAUGGUGGGAGCUGCUCCUUCACACACACACACACACACACACACACACACACACACACACACACACACACACACACACACACACACACACACACACACACACACACACACACACACACACACACAGAAAUCCAGUACGCCGUAAGCAAUCUGGAGGCAUUUGCAGUAUUUGCUGGGAACAUCUCUACAUGAAGUAGAACUGCUGUCGAAUGAAAAGCUCAACAUAUUUUUGCCGCGAUUUUUCGCUGAACUGAGAAAAGCAGACAGCAGUCGAUACACGAUGCACGACAUCAGCUAUGCACUACAACGUCAGAAUUGUUCUUGCAAGUUGACUGAGAACAAUUUUGGAUUGGACUGGAAACUUAUUUAAAAUUUGUGUUGGACUGUUUGGAACCUGUUGAUGUCAAAGGGCCAGUGAUGAAAACCAAAAUGUAAGUCCCUUAUCUGUUGUUUAUAAAUUAAUAAAAUAUCAAAUGACAAGGAUCUAUUGUAGGCGUUAUAUAAAACAAAUAAUGAAUGCUUUUCAUUUGUUCAAUGGAAAGAAUAUUUCAUAAGGUGAAAGAUGGAAUGUUCCAAGCCUUGUUGAAUGGAACAUCAAUGCAUUAGAUACGAAUUCAGAAUUUCCCAGCAUGCAUUGGGUGAGAGGUGUAUUAAAUCCUUGGACAGAUCGCCAAUCACAGCAGAUCUCUUCUUGUCCUUGAAAAUUUAUAUUUAUUGAUGGUUGUGUGUUUUAUUGCUGUACAUUCAUGUUACGCCCUAAUAUUUUGUAUUUAUUUAAUUUUAUUACCAUUUAUUUUGUUCUUGUAUUUUUUAAUGAGGUGCUUUGUUUUAGCUUUUCACAAUAAACCAUGUGAAGGA